CUCGCUUUCACAUGCCGGCACAUCUUUUUCCGCCCUCCCUCCCCGUCUGCCAACCUGGCUGUCUUGCGCUCGUGCUGGAGAUGACGAGAGCACCGCGCAAUCAUGGAGAAGUACGGCCAAUAUAGAGACAAAGGUUCUGGCAUCGCGCCCUUCUUCCCCGUGCCGCCUCUGCCAUAUAACCCUCUAUUUCUUCCCUUCUACAUUCUCCUCUUGUGCCUACGUGUCCCACUGGUUACCGUCGCCUGGAUCCUCUGGCUGUUGAUCUUCCAAUGGACGCCGGCGGGUGGAGCGCUUCGAAAAGCCAACCUCUGGUGCAUCCUUGGGAUUCCGGGGGUGUGGUGGAUUGAUAUCCAGGUAGAUGGAGUGAGGAGGGGUUCGCUGGCCCAGACGCCGCGAGGGCGUCUUCCCGGCCCGGCAACCAUCAUCGCUUCGUCAUUCACCUCUCCACUGGACGUCCUCUACCUCGCUGCCAUCUUCGAUCCAGUCUUUACCAUUUCUCAGGGUCCCGAUAGCCGCCUCGUUCGCCCAGUGUCGCUGGAAGCAGCGCUCGCAGCGUGCUUUGAUGUCCACUCUCCGGCCGUCUUCCACGCUCGACAACCCCCGGCCACCCUCUCAUCGGUCAUCAAACAGUACCGAAACCGAGUCAUUGUCGUCUUUCCCGAAGCCACGACCAGCAAUGGCCGUGGUAUCCUCAGGCUCUCGCCUUCUUUACUUUCGGCGACCCGAGACACCAAGAUCUUCCCUGUGUCUCUGCGCUACACACCUCAAGACAUUGUCACGCCAAUCCCUGGCUGGAUGGAAGCUCUGCGCUUCGUCUGGCUGCUUAACAGCCGGCCUACCCAUUGCAUACGAGUCCGCAUUGGCACGCCGGUGACUUUGGCCUCGGCUGGAGCUCCGGCAAAUUCGCACACAACUGGGAAUUCCAAUGGGAAACGCGCAAGUGGGUACGACACCAACUUCUUCGACACUCUGGAAGGCUCGCCGGCGCCCAAGGCGUCCGAGGAGUCCGCCGUUGCGGAGGGUGUCAGCGAGCAGGAAAUAAAGGCUUUGGACGCUGUCGCGGAUACACUCGCCCGACUGGGUAGAGCGAAGAGGGUGGGGCUGGGGGUGGCAGAGAAGAAGCAGUUCGUGGAUGCUUGGAGUAAACGCGGAAAGUACAGGACGUGAUAUGAGGUAAAUUAUUAGAUG